AUGGCCAUUACCAACGUCGCCCUCAUCGGCGGCACAGGCACGCUCGGCGCACCCGUCCUCAACGCGCUCAAAACCUCCGAGUUCGACAUCUUCAUACUCAACCGCCAAACAUCCAAAUCCGUCUACCCCAAAACGAAAGUCAUCACAGUCCACGACGACCUGAACGUCGAUGGGGUCGCCAAGGUACUGCGAGAGAACAAGAUCGACGCCCUCGUCAUCACCAUCGCAGGAAGCCAUGUGGAGUCGCAGAAGAAGCUCAUCGAUGCCGCAUUCAAGGCCGGCGUGAAGCGCGUGAUGCCCGCUGAGUUCGGCAGCUGCGACUCUGCGGAUGACAAGACGAAUGAGAUCCUGCCACUCAUGAAGGGCAAGAAAGAUGUCCGGGACUACCUCUUAACAUUGGAGGGCAAAGAGCGUGAAGACGGCAUGGGAAAGCUUACCUGGACGAGUCUGGUCACCGGCCAUUUCUUCGACUGGGGCAUGACCUGCGGACUAUUGAAGUUCGAUGUCAAGGCUCGCAAAGCAUACAUUCUCGAUGGCGGCAAGAUCAAGUUCUCCGCCUCAAACCUGGACUUCAUCGGCAAGGCGGUCAUCAAGAUCUUGGAGAAGCCAGAAGAGACUGCGAAUAAGUUACUCUACGUCCACAGUCACCAUGUCACGCAACUUGAGGUCCUUGCUGCGCUGGAGAAAGCUACCGGCGAUAAGUUCGAGCGAAUCGACCAAAACAGCAAGGACGAGUUGGAUGUGUCUCGGCCGAAGAUGUUGAGCGGUGACGGCGAAGCGAGGGAGGAGGUCGUUGCAGUGUGGGGUGUUGUUGCAGCGGACUGGAAAAAGAAGGAAGGAUUCGCGAACGAGAUGCUUGGACUACAGGAAGAAGAUCUCGAUGCAGUCGUACGAAGGGUUGUGGCGGAGUUGUGA